UGUUUGCAUUGUGUCAGAACUGCCGGUGAGCUUUAAAAUAUUUCGUAGCCUUCCAACGGCGGCAAUGUCGGGCAGGUCCGUACGAGCCGAGACCCGGAGCAGGGCGAAAGAUGACAUCAAGCGGGUUAUGGCCGCGAUUGAGAAAGUACGGAAAUGGGAGAAGAAAUGGGUGACAGUUGGAGACACGUCCCUGAGGAUCUUCAAGUGGGUUCCAGUGACUGAGCCCAAAACAGCAGAUGAAAAGAAGAAGGGGAAGAAUGAGUCAGAAUUGACCACACCAGAGAACAGCUCUUCUCCUGGGAUGAUGGACAUGAAUGACGACAACAGUAACCAGAGUUCUAUCGCUGACUCCUCCCCCGUCAAACAGGAAACCAGCAGCAGCACUAGCCCAGCCCCCGAACCCACCACCGUAUCCCACGGCGACAACAGUGAGGCCAAGAGCGACCAGAGCCCUGACUGCAAGAGGGUGAAGAGCAACCCAUCAGAGAGAGGACAGAGGGACAAGAGAGACAGCAGCCAGACUUCCUCGGGAGAAAAGGACACCUCAGAUAGCCGCAAAGCCACUCAGGAUCCGGAGGAAGAGGCUCCUCGCAGUAAGAAGAACAAGCAGGAGUCUCCAUCUUAG